AUGGAGGGACUCUUCACUUUGCUCGCCCUGUGCAUUGUGAUGGCCAUUACAUCCUUCGUCGUUGGCUCAUUACCGCUCGCUUUUACCCUCUCCCCUUCCCAGCUCCGGUUAAUAUCCUCGAUUGGCAUGGGAGUUCUGGUGGGCACAUCUCUAAUCGUUAUUAUACCCGAGGGAAUUGAGACCCUCUACAGCGCGAAUGCUGUCAGCAAGAAAAGUUUCAAUACCCGCACGGCUGCUGUGAACUGGCAGCCCCAAGGGCUCCAUGUUGGAGCCACGCCGAUACUCAACGAUGACAGCGAUGACUUGGUAUCCCCAUCUGCCAUUCCCGUUCCAUCUCUCUCCCUCGACGGUGAAAUCAAUCAACCCAUUGCGGCCGGAGACCGCCGAUCGGACGAAACGCAAUUGCUUCAUGCACGGAAGGAGGAAUCCUCGAGUGACAAAUCGGGCGAGAAAGAAGAGGAAGAGGAGAGCUCGCCGCAUGCAUGGGUUGGCGUUGCCCUGAUAAGCGGGUUCAUCUUGAUGUACCUCAUCGAUAAAGUCCCCGAGUUCGCCUCGCCCGCUAAGAGCGAACGAGUGCCCUAUCACAUUUCUCUCGAUAACCUUGGAUCGGGGCUCCGGCGGGGCUCUUCUCCAAUCCGUGACGGAGGGAUUUUGGACGCAGGGCAUUCCAGCUCUCGACGUGUCCACAGCUUUGCAACCACAACGGGCCUGGUGAUCCAUGCCGCGGCCGACGGUAUUGCAUUGGGGGCUUCCACCUCGGACACCGGCUUGAGCUUUAUCAUUUUCCUGGCUAUUAUGGUGCACAAGGCACCGGCAUCCUUCGGUCUUACAUCGAUACUGCUCAAGCAGGGGCUGUCGAGUCGUACUGCGAGGGCGCACCUUCUUAUCUUCAGUCUGGCGGCCCCCGUUGGGGCGCUGGCCACUUUUCUCUUUGUUCAGAUGAUGGGAUCUUCCGGCGCUGACGAGGCUGGCUCUCAGUGGCGGACUGGAAUGCUCCUGCUCUUCUCAGGUGGUACUUUCCUAUACGUGGCGAUGCAUACGAUGCAGGAGAAUGGUCCUGGAUCGGCACGGGAACUGCCCGUCGGCGGAUACGGCGAUUCCCGCGACUCCCAAAACGGAUCGGACAAGUCGAUGAGAGACUUGAUCGCAUCCGUCCUGGGCAUGGUCCUGCCGCUGUUCCUGCAGAUCGGACAUGCCCACUGA